AUGGCAGGUACAACGGGGGGACACCCGUUUACGGCGCACCUAGUUGCGGUGCUGAGUAUCUAUGAGUUAGGACCGGGACGACCAGGUAAGCGAUUGGAUAUGGCCUUGUAUUGUCCUUCCCCUCCCUUAUCGCCGUCGUCCUUAGUGCGCGCACUGCCGACCCGGAGCUCACAUUCCCAUUCCUCUUCCGGUUCCCGCCAUGCGCGUGCGCUGUCUGUGCCGCCGUUCCCACCACCGCCACCGAUGUCUCCGCCGAACGCACCGAUCGACUACGUAGGCGCUGCUCCGCUGCCCCGAUACGAUGGACCGCGUGACUGGCAGACGGAUGCGGUCGAGCGAGCACUGGGCCGUGUUGCGGCGCGGAUGUACGCGGCCGAGGCCCAGCUGCAGGACCUGCUGAGCCGCGAGUCGAGCACAUCCACCCCCGAUCCCGCUCUCUCGCCCCGCUCCAACGGCCUCAAAAAACGCAGAGAGAACCCGGGAACACCCGAUGAGCGCGAUCCGUGGCAGACUGUGCGCUUUCAAGAGGUUGGUGACCAGGACAUGGAUCCCGAGCCAGACACCCCUGUUGCCCGCCCCAAGGACAAGGUCAAGCCUGGUACCAUUGACCUGAGUACACUCUCCCAGCCCACUCCGCUCUCCAAGGUGGCCACGGAUAAUCCGGUGCUGCCCAAGCCUGGUCCCCGCAGCGCACCCACCAGCAGCGUCGGAUCCAUCAUGCCUCCCUUCACGUGCCACUCGUGCGGACGCCCCAUGCAGGGCCCCGCUGCCCCCGAUGUCAUACACGCACCCGGUCCCCUCGACGUUGUCACCCCUGCACUCGGCAUGGGCCUCGGUCUCUCUGACCAUGGCGCUGCCGAGCUCAGACAGAAACUUGGCUUUGGCGAUCACGAAGACGACACCGGUAGUCCCCUUGUUCUCCCCCGGCCCUCUCAGUGCUGCUGCCUUUGA